CAACGCGCCCACACGUGACCGUGUAUAUACGCUAGACGGCCUGAGGCCUCCUUCUCUCCUCAGGUCCUCGUCGUUCUCCUUCUCCUCGCCCCUGUCCGCUAUCCUCCUCUCUCGUUUCCGGACAUGCUUGAAAUAUGCACUCCACACCACGACUAUACUGCCAACGUGCUCACCGCGCUGCUCUGUGUCGGGCUCGCCAUUUCCUACCUUCCUCAGCAUCUACGAAUAAUCAAGGCAGGUUCCUCAGAGGGCUUUAGCCCAUGGUUCCUCUUACUCGGGAGCACGUCGUCUGCAUCGGGAAUGCUGAACAUCAUUGUUAUGCAAUGGAGCAUAGUCAGGUGCUGUAGGGUCGUCACAUUCGGGAGCUGCAUCGAGUCCGUAGCUGGGGUCAUUCAGCUUAUGCUGCAAUGGUUCUUCUUCACUGUCAUCCUCGUGUUGUACAUGAUCUACUACCCGCCCCAUCUCAAGUUCACCGAGGUCGACGUGGACCUACACGACAACCGGCCUCCACAGCACGUCAAAACCUCCGUCAAGACCGACGCAUGGCGUCUCUCCAUCACCCUCUCCUGGGUCGUCUUCAUCCACAUCGCCUUCAUCACCUUCGUAACCUUCCUGCUACUCUCUGCGGAGACUCCCGAUCUUCCAGAACGUUCCCCGCAGAUUUCGCUGUGGGCGACAUUCCUAGGCGUCGCCUCCGCGUUGCUUGCCGCGCUUCAGUAUGCCCCGCAGCUCAUCCAUACCUACCGCCUCAAGCUAGUCGGCGCGCUGAGCAUCCCCAUGAUGUUGAUCCAGAGUCCCGGUGCCGUCUUCAUGGUGCUUAGCAUCGCUCUUCGGCCUGACACGAACUGGACAACAUGGCUCCCUUACGCCGUCGCCGGCGUGAUGCAAGGGUCCCUUCUCAUCAUGUGCAUCCUGUGGCGCGCACGCCAGCACCGCCUGCACAUCGACGACUUCGGCCAGCCACUGGACGCCUCAUCCGCUCUCCUCGCCUCGUCCGACGGCCCAAUCGAAGUCGCACGCGGACCGGAGGACGCUCCUCUGUUGCAGACAGCGGUGGAGGACGCCGUCGAGCACGACGUUCGCGCCGAGACAGAGAACGAAUCAGAGGACGCGAACGAAGAAGCGCCAUUGCUGAAAGGUAGGAAGGAGAAGAGGGGUCACGCGUUGCGUAGAUGGUUUGGGUGGUGACGACGAUGCGCGUUUGCUGCGUCGAGUUUGGAACCUUAUUAUCUCGGUUAUCUUACGUUUUGGCUAUUGCAGGGUAUGCUUGCUCUAUCAUGCUUCCUGCUGCGAUGCUGCACCUCGUCGUAUGGUACUUGCAAGGUACUUGUUUGACGUACUGUUAGUAGUCCGUGGUGUCGAGCCCGAAGAAUCGUCAUAACCUAUUAUGUUGCAAAC